GGCUGAACGCAGCCCUGUUCUGACACUUCCGUGGAGUUUUCGAAGCAAAUUCAAGCAACGAGGCGUGUCACGUGAUUUAGAUGGGCGCGUAGCUGGAUCUCUUCACCUUUUCCGCUGGGGACUCUUGUGAUUAAAUAUGAUUUUUGAAGACACUUGUUGAUGCAGAAUAUGUUUUUCUCUCGUGCUUUGUUCAUUUUGCGUGUGCAAGGUUAUAGUAUUAUCAUCUUGACCCUGGUGGAAUCUCCACAAAUCUUACCCGGAACAUGUCCGAGAUUUACAGUGAGAGUUUCAGUGAUGGAGGGAGAUUCUGUGACUUUUUACUCUGAUCCUACUAAACUACAGGUAGAUGAUGUGAUACAGUGGAGGUUUGAAAAUGAAAAUCUAUGUAUAGCUAAAAUCAGUGAUGAGAAAACGAUAACAUGUGAUGAUGAGAGAUUCAGAGAGAGAUUUAAGCUUGAUCGUCAGACUGGAACUCUCAAAAUCAGGAAUAGCAGCACAAAAGACACUGGACAUUACGAAUUUAGAAAGACCAGAAGCGGAGACUUGGAAGCAUUCAAAUGUUUUGGUGCUACUGUCUACGGUUCUUUACCUGUUCCUGUCAUCACCAAUAUCUCUUCACAAUGUUCUUCAUCAAACCAGAAUUGUUCACUGGUGUGUUCAGUGGUGAAUGUGAGUCAUGUGACUCUCUCCUGGUACAAAGGAAACAGUUUAUUGUCCAGCAUCAGUGUGUCUGAUCUCAGCAUCAGUCUCUCUCUACCUCUGGAGGUGGAAUAUCAGGAUAAAAACACCUACAGCUGUGUGCUCAACAAUCCCAUCAGCAACCAAACCAAACUUUUGGACAUUAGUCAACUCUGUCACACAUGUGCAGCUCGUCUUCCUGUUCCUGUCAUCACUGGUAACUCUUUAAACUGUCCAUCAUCUGAAAGAUCCUCAGUGUCCACAUGUUCACUGGUGUGUUCAGUGGUGAAUGUGAGUCAUGUGACUCUCUCCUGGUACAAAGGAAGCAGUUUAUUGUCCAGCAUCAGUGUGUCUGAUCUCAGCAUCAGUCUCUCUCUACCUCUGGAGGUGGAAUAUCAGGAUAAAAACAGCUACAGCUGUGUGCUCAACAAUCCCAUCAGCAACCAGACUCAACAUCUGGACAUCAGUGGACUCUGUCAAGAUUGCAGUUCAUGGUCGAUUACAAUCAUCUGCAGUUGUUCUGCAGUAGUUCUGGCUGUGAUCGCAAUUGUGAUGUGCUGUCUUUACAGGAAAUACAGAAAACCAAGGCCAAAAGUGAAUUGUUUUGAACCACCUGCACAUGCAGCUGAAACCGUUCAGACAGACGAGAGUGAGGUAGCUUACGCCGAAACAACAUUUUUACCUAAUGUACAAAACAAGAAGCCCAAUGGGACAGAAGAGACUAUAUAUUCCACCGUCAAUAGACACUGAUCAAACAAGCAGCAGUCUCUCAUUUCACCACAAUGGCUUUGCACACCUGCAUCUGUCAGUAUUACUACACUUGAUCGAGGAGAGGAAAACAUGAUAUGCCCUUGAUUUUCUUUGCUUUUUAACUUAAAAGAAAAGAUUUUGAAGAAUGUUGGGGUCCAAACAACAUUGGGCCGCAUUCACUCUUAUUGUAUAAAAUGUGUAUUAAAAAUAUUGUAUAAAAAUACUUUUUUUCAAAAUAUCUUCAUAUGUUAUAUAGGCUUGGUAUGACAUGAGGGAGAGUAAAUGAUGACAGAAGGAUGACAAUAUCUUUACGUUGAUCAGGUUGUGGCAGAACAAGCAUGUCUAAUAUAUAGGAAAUAAAAGACUGAACAACUUAUUCAACAUUGGACUGAACUUUGUUUGUGUGUUUCGUUUUAGUUUUUUUGCAUGUCCAAAUUCCCCUCUGACUAAUAAAUCUAUAUUUUGCAUGUAGACGCAGCGAGAGUUAAAAUGACUAUUAAAAACAACUGACUUAAGUCAGAAAUUACUUAAUUAUUGUACAAAAAAGGCGGUUUCAUAUGUGAUGCAUUAAAAUCAGAAACUUGCAUGCCUUGUUUAUGCUCUUUCAGCUUGUCUGAUCCACAGAAUAACUGGCAGUUACUUAUGUCCUCAGGGUUCUUAUGUAAAGCCACAAGACUCCACCCCAGCUCCUGCUGUCAUUCCAGUAAUUCUUAGCUUUCUGCCCUGUAUCAUAGCACUGCAAGUCAUUACAUGUCUCAUCGUACACUAUUGCUUUACACUCACAGGCUUUGUGCUGCAUCUGAUGAAAUUUGACCCUGAUCUGUGCUGUUUGUUUCUGUUAAAAGUUUAUUCUCUUUUUGUUUUUCCCCUUUUCAUUGUUGUUAGUAUUUUUAUAGAAAGCCCAAAGU